AUGAUCCAACAAUGGACCUCCAAAACAGGCAGCAAGAGCCAUCAGAGGGUAGCCGAGACUGGCUAUGACGAGGUUGGAGAUCAGAUCACCGACAGAGUUUCCAAUUGCAAAGAUGGUGAGGCCCAUUAUGACGUCGGACAUGUUGGUGAGCACACUGAUGAAUUUGAGCACGUUGAUCAAUUCGUCUGCUAUUUGGGCGAUGAAUGCGAUUGCGGUUACAAACCCAACAACACAGAGAAACAACUUGACAAGGUUGGAUUGUUUCUGUGCCCUAAUAAGGUUGUAAUAGACACCAAACACUGGGAAGGGAGCAAUUGCGAAGAAAACUAG